CAUAGAUAAAAAAAAAAGUAUAAAUAACAAUACACACUCCAAGAGUCCUACUUAGUGGAAAAAUGAAUUGACUAGAGAGAGAGAAAAAAAGUGUGUAACCAAGGCUAAAUGGUGUGUGUUUUCACACACAGUGGUUUGAUGGAUACUGCUAUAACAGAAGUGGAAAGCGAGCUUUAUUGUUUCUUUCUGUUAGAUGGGAAAUGCUUCCGAUUAGCAGAGUAAGUUGUACCUUGUGCUUCAACACUAGUACCUUACUCCCCCACCACCGUAGCCGUCACUGUCACCGUCACCACCACCACCACCACCACCAUUUUCUUUUAUAACCUUCAGUUUUUUCCCCUCUCCAUCUAAUCUAAUAUCUUUUCUUAGUAGUAUUAUUGGGAGUAGCUUUUAUCAUUAUUAUGGGUUGCACGGCGUCCAAGCUGGACAACGAGGACACCGUCCGCCGCUGCAAGGAGCGGCGCCGCCUCAUGAAAGCCGCCGUCUACGCCCGCCACCAUCUGGCUGCUGCUCACUCCGAUUAUUGUCGUUCUCUCCGCUUGACGGGUACUGCACUCACUACCUUCGCCGCCGGUGAACCUCUCUCCGUCUCCGACCAUACUCCGGCGGUCCUCCUCCGGAGCCCGUCCUCCGUUUCUACAGCCACCACUGCCACGGCCGCCGUGAAACCCCCUCGUCCGCCGCAGAGCCACCACAUUCCUUCCCAACAGCCUGCUGCUCCUUCCCCCACCAUCGCCUCCUCGAAACUCCCCCACAUCCUCUCUUCCUCCUCACAUCAAGCCCGGAAGAAGAAACCCGUCAAGCUUCCCCACAUUCUCUCAGAUUCCAGUUUCACUUCCUCCCCAAAACCCCACCACGAUUUUAACGAUGACACUUUCUUUACUUACCAUGCCAAACCCAAUGCCAGCUAUGCAAAUACUCCCUCCCAGGCGUCAUCCGUUUGGAAUUGGGAGAAUUUUUACCCUCCAUCUCCUCCCGAUUCUGAGUACUUCGAGCAGCUGAAGAAUAAAAAGAAUCCCUCCGAUCCCCGGAGUGACGUCGAUGAUGACGAGGAAGAGGAUGAUAAGAGGUCCAGAUAUUCCGUCCGUUCCUCCAAGUACUCACAAGAUGAAAUUCAUCAUCGACAGAUGAUGCAGCAGCAACAUAACAACAACAUCAAUAAGCGGUUUGAUUUUUUCGAUGACGAUAAGGCAUCGAACUACUCCUCUUAUUCCAAUUACUCUCGAGCUGAAAGUAAGAUGAAUGAAAACGUUUUCGCUAGGAAAAAGGGUGUUGGGAAUUCGCCUCAUCAUCUGAACCGUUGGGAUAGUGACGAGGAGGACGAUGACGAGGAGACGGAGAGGGAAACUGAGAGGGAGGAAGUUCAGUGUAGUGAAUGGGGGGACCAUGAUCAUUACAGCACAACUUCAUCGUCAUCAUCGGGUGAUGAUGAAGCAGGAGAGCGAGAUUCUAGAUCUGGAAUCGGGACAAGGUCAAAAGUUGAGUCAAAAAUUAAUUCUACCGCGACAGCUAGUGUUAGUAGUAAAAUGGGAUUUGAUCCGUCUUCCAAAAUUAAUAUGGUUAGUGGUGGUGCUGCGGCCAAGUUCCCGGAGAAGUUUUCUUCAUCCGAUGGGUCGUCUACUGUGAGCUGGGGGAAUAAUAAUAAUGUGAAAGGGGAUAAAGAAAUGGUGGCAGAUAGGAGGAUUGUGGUGAGACAUAAGGAUUUGGUUGAAAUAGUUGGUGCUAUUAAGGAGUACUUUGACAAGGCUGCAGCUGCCGGCGAGCAGGUUUCCGAGAUGCUCGAAAUCGGAAAAGCUCAACUUGAUCGGAACUUUAGCAAGCUCAAAAAAACGGUUUAUCACUCGAGUGGAGUUUUCAGUAACUUAAGCUCAAGCUGGACAUCAAAGCCUCCAUUGGUUGUAAAAUACAAAUUCGAACCCGGGUCUCUUGAAGAAUCUGGAGGUGCAAAGAGCCUUUGUUCCACUUUAGAGAGGCUUUUGGCUUGGGAAAAGAAACUAUAUCAGGAAGUGAAGGCCAGAGAAGGUGUGAAAAUUGAGCAUGAAAAGAAGUUGUCAGCACUACAAAGUCAGGAGUGCCGUGGUGAUGAUGAAUCCAAGUUGGACAAGACCAAGGCAUCCAUAACGAGGCUCCAAUCCCUGAUUUUAGUCACAUCUCAAGCUGUGUCAACUACUUCCUCGGCUAUCAUUGGUCUAAGGGACUCUGAACUUGUUCCUCAGCUUGUUGAACUCUGCCAUGGGUUCAUGUAUAUGUGGAGAUCAAUGAACCAGUUUCAUGAAGUUCAGAAUGAUAUUGUGCAGCAAGUUCGAGGCCUUGUGAACAGAGCAACCAAAGGCGAAUCAACCUCAGACCUGCACCGGCAGGCCACACGUGAUCUUGAGUCUGCUGUGUCUGCUUGGCAUUCUAGUUUCUGCCGGAUGAUAAAAUUUCAGAGGGAUUUCAUUCGCUCACUCCAUGGCUGGUUCAAGCUCACGGUUCUCCCUGUUACCAGUGAGCAAACCAACAGCAACAACCAACCUUCUGAAGUGUUUACUUUUUGUGAUGAAUGGAAACUUGCUCUUGACCGGAUACCUGACACAGUUGCAUCCGAAGCUGUCAAAAGUUUCAUAAAUGUUGUCCACUCCAUAUCGUUGAAACAAGCAGAGGAACUCAAAAUUAAGAAACGGACUGAUACUGCAUCGAAAGAACUAGAGAAAAAGUCCUCCUCCCUUAGGAACAUAGAGAAGAAAUACUACAACUCAUACUCCAUGGUUGGCAUUAGUCUCCCUGAUACCGGCCCUGAUAAUGGGCAUGCCCUAGAUGCACGUGAUCCUCUAGCUGAGAAAAAGAUCGAACUUGCAGCUUGCCGUAGGCGGGUUGAAGACGAGAUGGUGAAGUACUCCAAGGCCGUAGAGGUGACUCGAGCAAUGACUUUAAAUAACAUCCAGACCGGGUUGCCAGGAGUUUUCCAAGCAUUGACCAGUUUUUCUGCCUUGAUCACAGAAGCACUGGAGGCAGUCUGCACAAGUUCUUAUGCAAUAAAAUAGAUGAGAUCCCAUAUAAACUCGAUAAUCACCAUAAUUGCUUCUGUGUGCAAGUUCCACUGGGGUCGACACUUUCUCUCUGUGCCUUUAUCUUCUGGCGGGUUAAUUGCUUCUCAUUUUGUUGUAUUCUAGAACUGUAGAUAUAUGGAAAAAUUUUGCAAAUUUUGUCACAAUUUUUGGCCAUGGGAAGUGAAUACGUCUAUCUGUACAGGAAAAUGCUUUAACUUAUUGUAUUGGAGAGAUUUAUUAAACAUGCAAAUGCAAAUGAAUAAAUUUGCUUAAUUUUUUCCUGCCA